AUGAUUACUUUUUCACUUUACAUCAGUCUUUUAGUGAUUGGAUUACUUGCAGAAGUUCAACAACCUUUAGUACCACAACAUAAGGAAAGAAUUGCCAUUAUAGGAGCAGGUGCCGGUGGUUCAUCAGCAGCUUAUCAUUUACAAAACUUUACAUCUCAUUAUUUCAAUAUAACAAUUUUUGAAAAAAACAAUUAUAUUGGUGGAAGAAGUACAACAAUUGAAAAUUAUGAUAAUUCUACAGAUUUACCAAUUGAAUUAGGUGCUUCAGUUUUUGUUAAUGCUAAUAAAAUUCUUUUCAAUGCUGUUGAACAAUUUGGUUUAGAAACUCAAUCUUUUUCUAUUCAUGAACAGUACCCUGAUAUUUUCAAAGGAAGUAUUGGAAUUUGGAAUGGUACAGAUUUUGUUUACAAGACAAAAGGUGAAGAAGGUGUAUUAUUUGGAACAAUUAAAUUUCUUUGGAAAUAUGGGUUAUCUCCAAUAAGAUCAUAUUUACUGGUAAGAGAUAUUGUUAAAAAGUUUAUCAAUGAUUAUUAUCGAGAUGGAUUCCCGUUUACACUGAAUGAAAUUGUUCAAAAAAGUGGAUUUGAUGAGUUCACAAAUACAGAUGGGGAAUCUUUUUUGAUUUCCAAAAGUAUCAGUGAAAUAUUCACAAAGAAUAUUAUAGAAGCAGCUACAAGAGUGAAUUAUGCAAGUAAUGUUGAUGAAAUACAUGGAUUAGAAGCUGUUGUAAGUUUAGCAGCUGAAGACACCGUUCAAGUUGUUGGUGGUAAUUACAAGAUUUUUGAAAAAUUUAUAGAUAAAUCUGAAGCUAAAUUAUCACUCAAUACUGGUGUUCAUAACAUUACAAAAUUAAAUGGGAAAUGGACUAUUCAUUCAGAUCUUGGUAUUGACGAUUUUGAUCAAGUCAUCAUAGCUGCUCCUUUAAGACAAACAGGUAUUACAAUCAAUGGUGAAAUUUCUGAAUUACAAGAUGUUGAAUAUAGGAAGUUACAUGUUACAUAUGUCACAACUUCAAAAUCUAAUCCAGUAAACCACAAAUAUUUUGGAAUUGAAGAAGAAGCACCUGAGUUGAUUUUGACAAGCUCAGGAAUUGAUCACAUUCCAUUUUUCAGUGUCAAUGUUGUUCAUUAUGAUAACAUUACUGAAAGAAUUACAUACAAAAUAUUCUCUCCUGAUAAAAUUGAUUCAAAUUUUUUGUCAUCAUAUUUAUUCAAUGAUAUAACAGAUGUUGAUAUAGUUUUUGAAAAACUUUGGAAUCCAUACCCAGUAUUGAAACCAACUGAUAAAUUUGAUGAUUUUAAAAUUGGUGAUGGUAUUUGGUAUUUGAAUUCAAUUGAAAGAUUUAUAAGUACAAUGGAAACAUCAGCAUUAGCAGGUGCAAGUGUUGCAGGUUUAAUAUCAGAGGGAAAGAAUACAUCAGAGAUUAGACUUUCAUACGUUUGA